GGAGAAAACGUUGAACUGCAGUCAUCCACUGUACGCUGUCAAAGCCUGAUUUAAGCUCUGACACGAUCUUUGAUUGUUGUCCGGAAAAUAUUAAAAACACAUAAAUCACCACUUCUGCUUCUUCAUUACGAUGUACAUGAGCAAUGGAGUUUAUUUCAUAUGAAAUGAAGUGCCACCCACACUCCGUAUUCAGAUAUUUUGCUUAAGCAGAAGUUGCAGUACAAUAGUGCAAACAUUCUUUAUUACAAGUAAAAGUCUUACAUUUGAAAUGUAAUAUAAUUUACGGUAAAAGAAAAUCAGAAGUAUUGGCUGUGAAAUGUUUUUUGUUGUAUUUGUUGUCAUAUUGAAUUAUUAGAUUGUUGAUACUGAUGCAUUAAUGCAGAAGUGGCAUUUUACUGUUUUUUUUAAGCUGUAGCUAAUGAGUAUUACAUUUUAUACUUCUGGGUAGUUUAAUUUGAUGCACUAUUGAAUGUGCUGCAUGUUUUGUAAUUGAAAUCUUAAUCAGGAAAGUAUCACAUAGCUUAAGUUGUCAGAUAAUAUACAGUAUUUCCCUCUGAAAUGUAGUCAGUCAAAGGUAUUAAUAUAAAAUAUGCACAGGAGUUAAGUAAUCACCCUUAGUUACAUUCCACCACUACUCCUGUUGCCAUAAAUAUUCACAUGCACAUCAAAUGAGUAACAGCCUGCAGAAAAUGGCCCCUAAUGCUGUAAAUGCACUGUUUUCUCCUGUUUGAGUAGUGCUUGUGGAAAACUAGUGCCCAACUGUUUUAAGAGAUUAAUAUAGACAAAUAGCAGCCUAAUUUUAAAAGUAUAUUUUUCUACUGCUGUCAGUCACUGUCACUGUGUUGUAGCACUUUCAUAUUUUCAGAAGGCUGGUACAUUAUGUGCGACUAAUAUGCUAAUUGUCAUUUUGAUGAACAGGAAGCUGGACAGUCACAGCUUCUUCUGGCCCACAUGGUUUUAUGUCAGGUAGAAAAACACGCAGUAGGGUGUUUCUGAGUCAUAAGUACCUCCCACAGAGACAGUAAUCUCAACAAGGCUGUCCUUAAAGGAAAGCAUGAAGUCAUGACUUAUUGCAUAAGAUUCAGCUGUUUCUGUGUCUCGCUCCACACCACUAGGCUCAAGGAUUUUUGCCCUGCAAAGCAAUAUUGUGAAUCUGAUGUAAUGGGCAGCCUAUUAUUCUGUAUUAAGUUAAACGUCCACCCCUAGAUAGUGCAGUUAUGUGCACAUACAUGUACGUAUGUUGUCUCUUUGAUCGUCAGAGUAGGAGAGACUGACUUUCAAGGCUUUUAAAUAUCCUGUAAAAUCCUACAAAAUGCCUUUUGGUACUUAACAAAACCCUUUACCUCAUAGAUGUAUUUUUGGUCACCUGCUCCAGCAGACCACCCUGUGGUUCCUGUAAUUAGCAUGUACUUAAAUUCUCUCAGUACAGUAAUGCACAUGCAACACAAUGCAAAUAGCUGACAGUAACUAGGCCAGCUUAAGUGCAGCUUUGGCUCAUUAAUAAUGCAUAUGAUAAAGACUAAAGUCCCUAGGUCUUGAACAGAGAUACUUUUGCUCUCUGGUGCCGACAACCAAGCAGUGAAUCGAUGGAUCAAGCAGAGUAUCUGGAGGUCACUGACCUGAGCAGCCUUCAGACCUCUGGUUCGCACACAGAGGCCUGGUGUCAGCUGCAAACCUGGGGGUGUUUGUUUCUUCACUGACAAUGUUUUGAGAUCAGUCUUUCUGUCACCCACACAGCCUCUGGUGGAAUGAAAGCUAUGCAUGGACUCAUUCAUUCCAUGGACUGAGGGAGUGCACGCAUGUUCAUCUUGAAAGUGUUGAUUUUGACCUAACAAGGCAAUGCUUGUUCAUUAAUAGAGCCCUAUAGUGCUAUUGUAUGAGGUAAACAUGCUCACCAAAUAGGAUCAUACUAGACAGUGAAUUGCCCAACUCAACAAACAGUGACCUGUCAUCCUUCCUUGCUGUUCAACUCAGAGUACUGGUGUGGUGUAAGAUAUUUGAUCAUACCCAGAAACCCUUGGUCGACACUCAGUAGCAGGAAGAGGGUUAAUGUUGUUAUUAACAUAAGCGGUGGGCCAAAGGCUUUGCAGAUGAGCAGGUGUGUCCUGGAUACGACCUCGAGCUGUACUGUUGAUAUUGCAUCUGUGCUGCUGAAUAUUAUGUUAUGACUGUUGGCAAGAGCUGGGAGGAGCACUGGGAGUGGAGCGCUAUUCACAGUACUAUGAACUUUCAGCUCGAUGGAGCAUUACACAUCAGUACAAGCCAGCUGAGACUACGGCUGGGAUUAAAAUAGGAGAGAGGGGAAGACCAGUAACUGUUUUCUCACAGAGAUGAGAACGUGAAGGCUGGCGUCCACCAAGGCCACCGCUGCACCUUGGGCAGCGCACACGCAUGAUCACAUGACUCUGGACAUGGACUCGGUCCUGUCAGACUUUGUUCGGUCCACAGGGGCAGAACCAGGUCUGGCAAGAGACCUGCUGGAAGGUAAAAACUGGGACCUCAGUGCUGCUCUAAAUGAUUAUGAGGAGCUCAGGCAGGUCCACACUGCCAACCUGCCGCAGGUCUUCAAUGAGGGCCGCUACUACAAGCAGCCAGAGACACGUGACACUCCCACCCAUGUCAGCAAGAUCGACAGGCCGUGUGCACAGAAGCAGGAGGACAACACACAAGAGAAGCGUCUGUCUCGUGGGAUCUCUCACGCCAGCUCUGCUAUUGUCUCCCUGGCACGGCUGCAGGUGGCCAGUGAGUGUACCAGCGAGCAGUUCCCUCUUGAGAUGCCCAUCUACACAUUCCAGCUACCAGACCUCAGUGUGUACAGCGAGGAUUUCAGGAGCUUCAUAGAGAGAGACCUGAUAGAGCAAUCCACCAUGAUGGCUCUGGAGCAGGCUGGUCGCCUAAACUGGUGGUCCACCAUGUGCACCAGCUGUAAGAAGCUGCUUCCUCUGGCCACCACAGGGGAUGGGAACUGCCUUCUGCAUGCUGCUUCUUUAGGGAUGUGGGGCUUCCAUGACAGAGACCUGAUGCUGAGGAAAUCCCUGUACACCAUGAUGAAGAGCGGAGCAGAGAGAGACGCUCUGAAGAGGAGGUGGAGGUGGCAGCAAACCCAACAGAACAAGGAGUCAGGGCUGGUGUACACUGAGGAGGAGUGGGAGAGAGAGUGGAACGAGCUGCUGAAGUUGGCGUCCAGUGAGCCUCGCACUCACCUCAGCAAAAACGGAAACACCACUGGAGGGGUGGAUAACUCUGAGGAUCCAGUGUAUGAGAGUCUGGAGGAGUUCCAUGUGUUUGUACUGGCCCAUGUAUUACGGAGGCCCAUUGUAGUGGUGGCUGACACAAUGCUCAGAGACUCAGGAGGAGAAGCCUUUGCUCCCAUCCCAUUUGGAGGGCUCUAUCUGCCCCUGGAGGUGCCUCCAAGCCGCUGUCACUGCUCCCCUCUGGUCCUGGCCUAUGAUCAGGCUCAUUUCUCCGCACUGGUGUCAAUGGAGCAGAGAGACCAGCAGCGAGAGCAAGCUGUUAUCCCUCUGACUGACUCGGAGCACAAGCUGCUGGCACUUCAUUUUGCUGUGGACCCUGGCAGGGACUGGGAAUGGGGGAGGGACGACAAUGAUAAUACCAAGCUAGCCAAUCUCAUCUUGUCUCUGGAGGCCAAACUCAACCUGCUGCACAACUACAUGAAUGUAACAUGGAUCCGAAUUCCAUCUGAAGCAAGGGCUCCCCUGGCUCAGCCUGAGUCUCCCACAGCCUCUGCAGGUGAGGAUGUCCAGUCUCUAGCUGAGUCCAUGGACUCUGACCGUGAGUCUGUUGGCAGCAACUCUAACGUCAACACCGGUAAGCCCAUCAAGGAGAAGGACAAAGACAAGCAGCGCAAGGACAAAGACAAGAGCCGGGCUGAUUCUGUAGCCAACAAACUAGGUAGCUUCAGCAAAACCCUGGGAAUCAAACUGAAGAAGAACAUGGGAGGUCUGGGUGGCCUCGUGCAUGGCAAAAUGAAUAAAUCUAACUCUGGCUCAGGUCGCAGUGGGGAGAAUGGAGGGGAAAAAGCAAAGAAAAAGGAGUCUAAGACAUCCAAGGGAAGUAAGGAGGAGUCAGGUCAGUCAGCCAGCUCCACCUCCUCUGAGAAGGCCACUAGUCCCUCACCUACAGACAGAGACAGACCUUUCAGCUCCUCCCCCACCGAAAGACAGGAUAGUGCAGGGAAAGUCUCAGGGGACAAGACCCUGGAAAACUGGAAAUAUAGCACCGAUGUCAAGCUCAGCCUCAAUAUCCUGCGGGCUGCCAUGCAGGGAGAGCGCAAGUUCAUUUUUGCAGGCCUCCUGCUCACCAGCCAUCGACACCAAUUCCAUGAGGAGAUGAUCAGCUACUACCUGACCAAUGCUCAGGAGCGCUUCAGCCAGGAGCAGGAGCAGAAGAGGAAGGAGGCUGAGAAGAAGCCUGUUGUCACCAGUGAGGUUCCCGUGAAGAAGCCUGAGCAUGAGACUGUCUUCCAGAGGGAGAGAUCGGACAGCUCGCCUCCAGAGAGCUGCUCUCCCGUCCUGCCCCACCACACCCACACCUACAACCACAGCUCACAGCCCCCGCUGGCUCUCAAGAUGCAGGGCAGGAACAGCCCCACUCCUGCAGCCGCUUUUGUCCCAGUCCCACCUCUCACCCCACCUACAGCCUCCCACCAUGUUUCUCAACCAGUGCCAGCCCCUGCGCCUUACUCCUCCCCCAGUAUUGGUGCUAAGAGACCUGGGCCCGUUCCUGUGUCUGCCCACUACAGCCAUACACCACCCAUCCAGAGGCACAGUGUGAUUCACUUACAAGAUGUCAACAGGCAGUCCUCCAUCUUCCAAGAUGACCCCUAUAAGCCUGUGGUGGGCACCCUAAAGACAUGCGCCACCUACCCCCAGCAGAACCGCACACUCUCUUCCCAGAGUUAUAGCCCUGCUCGCCUGUCAGGGGUCCGCACUGUUAACACCUUGGAGGCACUGUCCUACAACAUGCCCGGUGAACACAAGUCCCACACCUACACCAAUGGAUUUGAUGCGGGAGACAUUCAGGACUGCCUUGAGUUUGCUGAUGAGGACAACUCAUCUCACACCUGGCUCAACCAAGACAAAACCAAAGGGCGGAGGUCUGUAAGCCCUUUGUACUGCUUUCAGCAGCGCCGCUGCAAGAGAGAGAAUUGCUCCUUCUAUGGCAGGCCAGAGACAGACAACUACUGCUCCUACUGCUACAGAGAGGAGCUGAAACGCAGGGAGAGCAAAGUGCAGAGGCCUGCAUAGCCAUCACAACCACCUCAGCCACUUGUCAGCAAGGCCGUUAGAGACUUGAGGGAACAACACCAUCUGCACUCUGCAUUUAGAAUAACACGAUGGCAAACCUUUUCCUAUUUUGUUGAAGAAUGCUCUUGUAUUCCUGUCACCCUUCCCUUGUUAGUAAAGAUUCUUACUUUAUGAUGGGGGAAGCAGAACUUGAAACGGUGAGCAGCUUUGGCCAGAUAUUGUGCUUUUGUUUUCUUUCUGUCACUGAAUUUAGUCUUUUACUUGUUUUAGAGUAAAAGUCAUCUCUGUGUGAUGUAACUUUCUGUAUGUGAGGGAAAGUUCUUUAUUUUUCAAAGUGCAAAAGAUUUGCAUCUCAUUAGGAGGGAACAUUUUAGCUCUUUUAAUCGGUUUGAAUGCAAUACCUCUGCUUGAUUCUUCAAAAUCUCUGUGAAAAAUUUGUAGUUGUUUUGCAAUCAAAGUAAAUUUAAUGGGAGAUUAAUAUUAGACUUUAAAGCAAUAAAUUGGUGAUUUUUGCUACACCCUUUCUCACUUCUGUCUAUGCACCAAUAAUAUAGCUACUGUAGGUUAACUGUGUCUUGUAAAUUGUAAAGGAUUGUCUCAGUGCUUUUGUAAACAAAUUUGAGCUACAGGAAAUUAAAACGUCUAAGCAGUAUAGAGAAUAAUGUUGGAUUAGGAUGAAAUAUAAAAUUACCCAAUUUGCUAAGCGUACCUUUGCUCUUACUAGGGAGCAAAGGAUUCCUGUAUCAGAAUUGAACUAAAAAGAUCGUCCCGGAUAUCAUUUCACAUUUUUGCCCACAGUCAACCUCCGAAAGACCACAAGCACUGCCGAACUGGCUUCCUUAAAAAAAAUCACAAUUCAAAUUUUCAUAACAAUUUUGAGCAAUGUGCAUAGGAUGACUUGCUUCUCAAAUAUGCAGUGUUUAUGGUGUGUUUCUCUGAGUUGCCUCUUAACUACUCUAUUCGGUAAAUGUGGUAGAUGAGAAGAAUUGUGGGUAGGGUAGUGAGAGCAGGCUGAUGCAUAUUUGUCUGAAGUGUGAUUACAUGUCUCAUCUCCCCUACACACACAACACAAUGUGCAAUCAUGCUAUUAUGUGGUGACCUGCAGUAUAGAUGUGUCACCGGUCCAGUGUGAGGUUGUCUGUCCUUCUUCCAUAUCUAGAGGCCGUUAAAAGAAGCACCUGCUGCUAAGAGCACCUCAAGCCUUUCUGAUCAUCAGUGCUUUAACCAAUCAGUGGGUUUGUAAAACCCCAGGCCUCCAAGUGCUUUCAUUUGACAUGACUACUGUAAUAAUGCAGUGUUUGUGUUGCUGUUUGUUCUGGUGAUGCUUGGAUAAUGUACCGUGCUGUCCUUAAGCAAGUGUGUCCUGGCCAAGGAUGUCCACUGCUCCCUCGGUUCGCUUCUGUCUCUCUCCUGUACACACUGCAGUGUUGCUCCUCUUUGUUUCUAUGUGACCAGUUCAUGAACUCUUACCAUAUUAGGACUGUAAGAUAUGAUUUUGUAUUCCUUUCAGAGUUUUACACUACUUUAAAUUAUUAACUUGCACAUUAGGU